AUGGGCGACACGACUCUUACGUUUGACGUAGCAGGCCAUGGUGGAGAGUACCAAAACUUCAUUAGUGCACUUCGUUCGGCUCUUGGAAGUGGCAAAUUCAUCCGGAACCUCCCAGUACUUCCUCGACAGCAUAAACUUUCCUGGACCGAUGUAUUGCUGCGCGCGGACUCUUUAUCCCUCAGGCUGAGGGUUCGAAGCAAUAGCCUCUAUCUAGACGGCUUUCAAAAAGAGCUUCCAUGCAGCCCUUGGUUCGAGUUUGGUGUUAAAGGCGAUCAACAUUUGCUCCCUGAAUCCGAGUUCCUGGGGUUUAGCGGGGAUUACAUUUCAUUAGAGCUUGCCGCAAAGACCAAGAGGUUGGACUUACCACUUGGUCAGACGCCUCUUGCCGGAGCCGUACGCCAGCUUGCAACCGUGGAAGACCCUUCCACCCCAGAGAAUAAAGUUGCAACGGCAACUUCAUUACUCGUCGUUAUACAGAUGAUAUCCGAGUCGGUCAGAUUCCAAUACAUAUCUUCAUACCUCGUCGACAACUGGGCUUCAAGCUUAAAACCAUCACCCUACGUAAUCGGCCUCGAAGCUGCAUGGGGGACACUUUCCCAAUCAUUGAUACAUGCCGAGCAGGACCCUGAUCCCGAGCAUUUUAGGCUUCCAGAUAACGAUUUGGGCCUUAAAGAUGCUGACGGCGUCUCUGAAGGCCGUGCACUGGUCGAGGUCUUCUCUGUGCGUAUUGAGAACAACCAUGGCCCGAUGCCGCUUAUCGGAAAGCUCUACGGAGAUGUUACGGCAAUCGAUGCUUUAGGUUCUCAGGAUAUUUACCAUCAAGAUAGAAUCGGUGCUACGCCCGUCGUUGUAAACAGCAGCCUGUUACUAACAGGCCCGAAACGGUCCAUUUUAGCUAAUGACAGCUUCGUUCUUGACUUGGAUCUCUGGGAUACAGGAAGUGAUUCGUCUCCAGAUAUCAACAUACUCCAUGGACAGAUCCCAUGGAAUCUCUACGACCUGACGAACAAAUAUCACGAAGUCAUCACUCAGCAGAUUGACGGCCAAGCUUUCAAGGCCAAUGUUCGAUACAUCGUACUAAGUAAUGCUGUUCAGGCCCUCGUGGAAGUCACCGUAAAUAAAGGGGACGGGGAUGAUCCUGUCAAUAUAUAUGGCAAUAUCACUGCUCAUACCGAGUACGGUAACGUAGUGCUUUUCGACAAGGACGAGAACCACUAUGUCGAUGUACGCCUAGGCAAUGAUAUCCCUCUAUCGAGAUCUACAGCAGCUGUACUAUUAAGUGAGAAGAUACCUCUCUUCUCUAUUAACAGCUCUCUCUUUGAUGUGGGAACCCCGACUCCUCCGACAGAGAGAUUGCGGGAGGGAGCUGCGAGUUCACUCCCGAAAGUACACCUACGGUUCAAACAGCCUCUAUCACUGGACAAUACGGUGGAGUUACCGUGA